AUGGCAAGAAGAUCUCUUUCGCUUCCAGGACGGUCCUCGCGACUUUCUCAUGUCGAAAGAAAAGGAAGUAUAUCGUUAACACGCCGAAAACAGGUUCAUUGGUCAAAUGAGCUAGAAGAAGUGAUCUAUUUCCCUCCCGAUUGUUCCACCUUAAGCACCGAUGGACUUUUUGAUCGUCGAGUAAAACUAAUGCGUUCUAAAAGCUUGAAAACGCUUUACAAAUCCAAGAGACUACCGCUCAAAGCGACUCAGUCACUCGCAAGAGGCAUCAACGACGCCAAUUCGUCUUUAAUCCGCACCGGCGUGAAUAUUUUAACGCAGCAGCUUGAUCGGUUCAAGAGCCGAAGCGAAAACUUGGAAAUUUUUGAUCAAGAGAGCAAUAAUCGCUGGAAAGAACUUCUAAGACACUAUCAGAAACGAAUGAGAGACCUUCUUGAGCAACAAGAGGAGGAGUGGGUGUGAUGCGUGGAUCGGCGAACACGUGGACCGACCCUCUGAUCAGUGUUAAACGAUUUCUGGCGUAAAACAGGAGCAAACGUAGUCACGUUUACAACUGUUGUCGCCAUUAAAGGCGUGGGUGGACAGCUUUACUGAGGAAGAAAAUACCCGCAAGAAUUGCAAGGAAACACUUGGCAAAAAAAGAAUUAAGUAGAGGAACUGAAUACAAACGAAAGGGUAAAGGAAAUGACGUCGAAUUAAUUUGUAGAGAGGAAAGCUUUUAAAAACAUCUGUAAAUGCUGGACUUUACCCUGGUUUUAUUGAAUGAAUAAUUAAUCAAUAUAAACAUGUCAGGUCAGGUUAGACGGGUUUGAUGUUUAUGUAACUGAAAAAAACAUGGCAAGGUUCGUGAAGUUUUAUAAAUUAUACGCUGCCGUUUCUCGUAAAUUUUAAGUAAAUUUCUGCGCAGGUCUCUAAAUGUGCUUAUCGCCUUAAACGAGUCUUUUCGUUGCGCUUAAAAAAGUCCUUGCCUUUUCGUACUUAAAUAUUUUUAACGUUUUGAGUAAGCACCGUUGUAUUUGUAACGAACAAAACCUAUACUUUUUUGUCGGACCAACGAGACUAAAAUGAUAAUAUAUUGAAUGUAAAUAACAAACUAUUUUACGACCGGUGAGGUUUACUAUAUCGCGCAUUUACCUUGAAUUUGUUUUUCAUACAUGUAUAGCAGCUGUGUGUGUCAUUCUUUAAGUGUUUGUGGUAAUUUGCUGUUUGAAGAAAACAAAAAGAAACAGAGUGUUUAGUAAUGAUUGAAAAUGUAACCUUGUUAAUCAGUUGAAGUUUAAACCUUUUCAAGUCAAUGUCAAGGGAACCUUUAAAUUGCAGUUAAUUCAGAGCAGAAUUUGUUAAUAAUUUGUGAUGACAUUUAUUUUAUUGAAAUACGAUCUUGAAUAAAGAUAUCUUUUGUCAUCGCCAGAGAGACUAGUUGUUCCUUUUCUACUCAGUUAUUAAUGCAGUCGAACCUUCAUUAUUGUGCGACCUCCUCUCAUAAGCGACCGCGACCACUUUUUUGGGUGACGAUUUUCCACUGUUUUUAUCCUCGUGUAAGCGACCACUUAAAGCAUGAUCUCAGUGUUCGUUGCAUGUACUACACUACUAAGAGAAAACGAUGUUCUUUUCGUGACAACAUAAAACUACGCAUAUCUUAACUCAGAGAUUGCAUGCAAUAAAUUAUCUUCCAAAAUUUAAAUUGUUUGGACCUCUUCUAGAAUGGGACCGCCUGUGGGUCGAUUCUCUAAGUGACCACUGAACCUUUUGGGUGGUCGGUGACGGGAGGUUUGACUGUACUUCAGGCGAGAAGUCGCGCAGGAGUACACGAAUAAAUAUUGGUGCUAUUUUGUUUCUCAGGCGGCGAAUAUUUUAUUUUUUAAACCUUAAACCCUUCAGUAUCAGCUUGCUUAUUUUAGGAUUAAAUUAACUGCAAAAACCGUGGACGAAGAUCCUGCUAGUUGUAAACGUUGGAUCUCUAGAAAAGAGAUCUAAUCAACCAAAAUAUAAAGAACCAAGAACGAGAAGUCCAAAGACUACUGCAACUACUGUUGAUUUAAAACAACGUGUAUUGUUUUUUAUAACAAUAUUUCGGCUGGCCAUACCAGCCUUCUUCAGGUUUACAGAUGUUACUGAACUUAUGUAGCAAUCACAAUAUUAUAUAGAUGGAGAAUGUCGCAAUAAAAGGGAGAGGCGGAAAUGACGCUGGGAGUCGCAUAUGAUAGAUAAGGCCAUGACUCUUGAACCUCAUGGCCGAAACCGCCGUGACGAAUCAUUGUAAUCCAUAUCCUUAGUAUAUUUCCUUUCCAGUUUUUACGAUCUAACGUCAUUUCCGCCUCUCCCUUUUAUUGCGACAUUCUCCAUCUAUAUAAUAUUGUGAUUGCUACAUAAGUUUAGUAACAUCUGUAAACCUGAAGAAGGCUGGUAUGGCCAGCCGAAAUAUUGUUAUAAAAAACAAUACACGUUGUUUUAAAUCAGCUUUGCAGUAGUCUUUGGACUUCUCGUUCUUGGUUGCUUAUUCUACAAUCCUUUAAAUUUCCUUUGGUACUGAUGAGAAGAAUUUUUUCAAGAUCAAGACAUUUCUACUUUGAUCAAAUUUGUUGAAUUUACAGCCUAGCGUUUCUUCACGCAGCCGUCGGAAACUUCUUCAAAACUGUUCAACAAACAUAGAUUUUGCCAAAUCUGUUGCAGCUUUGUGGUCUUCAUCAAUUUUUUUUCUGUUUCAAACUGGAAUUAGAAGAAAAAUCUCUCAGCUUAUCUAACAUUCAGGCCUACCACAAAAAAUGUGGCCUAAUCUUCGAACGGGCAAGAUAAAGCGAAUCCUGUCUUCUGAUUGGCUACCCGAACAGGCAUGACGAGCUUAUCUUACCCGCUCGGAAUUUCCCGCGUUAGUCCCGUAAGAGUAAGUUAUCUUUUUGGCCAUAAAAUAAAAUCUAGUAGGCCUCGAGGUCAUGUGAUCAGCAUGAAAUUUCUCCUUCUCAAUUCUUUAGAAAACAAAGUGGUCAUGAGAAUUGAGGUCAUGAUCAGGGAAGAGGGUCCCAGUAAUUGAUUUUUCGACAAAUUCUCCCUACUACUUACUUCUAUUGAAAAAUUAUAGGGACAAUAAAUGAGAAUCUCAAUUUUGAUAUUAGGGCUUAAAGCGUUAAAAGCGAAUAAAAAGGACUUUGAUCAACUCCAGCUAUCUUGACCGAGCAAGCUUGGUCAAUUGCGCAUAUUCACUGGGAACUACACGAAUAACACGCACCCGGGCGGGGGAGGCGGAGGGGGGUCACUCUCGUAUAAAAAUCACAGGAAUGCUUGUCGGAAAAUUAGAAUCAGACCCCCUGAAGCAGACCAAUUUGGGCGUGGCUCAACUUUAUUUCACUCCGAAAGAAGACCUAACACCAUUUGUUAUGUUUAUUUACGAAUUUGCUUUUGGACCAACGCCAAGUGAUAGCUUUUAGGUUAAACUUUUAAAACUAAAUGUAUUUUCAGUAAGGGGAAAGAUGCAUUAAACACCGAAGUCUUCGUUUUAUAACCAAUGGAAAACGAAAGCUAAUUUUCAGAUGAAGAAAAGAUAUGUUAAGUGGGACCGUGUCGGAUUAGGUAUACAGGGUGUUUCAAAAGUUCGUUCCGAUUGUAUAUUGUAUUUUGCGCAAAGCAUUUAAUGCUUCGUUAGGCAAAUGUACUCUGAUUCGAGGUAAGAAAUUUAUCUAAAUAACCUUUAAAAGCAAGUUUACAUUAAGAUUUGAAGAAAUUAUAAUACUUUUGAAGUUUUGCCCCAGAUGUGUACGUACUUGAGUUUUUUGCCGCUAUACUUUUCCUGCCCAUUUUGUAGGUUUUCUAUUUUCGUUUUUUUUUUCUGCUUUCUUUUAUUUAUUCUACUACUUCACGAAAAUGAAGGUCUACACUGUUUGUACUUUAGAGCUCUAGAGCUCAGGCAUCUGUUUUUACGGUUUUCUGGCCAUUAAGUCAAAAAAAUUGGCAAACUGUUGAAAAAGUCUGAACGAUAUAAGUGAACAGGUGGUCAACAGUAAAGACUUAAGAAGACAAACUAAGGAGUUAUGGCCGUUGUUUUUUAAAUGUGUGAGAAGUGUUAUCGAAAAAGCUGUGAGCAGUGGUAAGUAUAUGCGUAAUAAUUCUUCAAGACAGAAAGGUAAAAAAAAUUCAACUUUCCAAUAUCAAAGUUUCGAGCACAACAGUAUGAAGAUAAAUGACCAAAAAAGGUUGGAAAGCCUUGAAUAGAAAAAUUAAAGGCGGCGCACAUGCGGACAUGGUGUCAGAAGGAUUUGCAAACUUUAUAGCAAAGGGCGACCGGCUGGCAAAUUCACGUGAUGUGAACCCUCUAGAGACCAUCUGGAUUAUCGUUAACGAGAUGACAUACAAAGUUAUACAUACAUGUAUAACUACUUUUGCCACAAUUCGAAAAAUCACGCAUUCGUAAAUUAAAAUGUGAAAAAAGAUUAAUAAGAAGUAAAGUAAAAGUUGGAUUUCGAAUGUAAUACCGAUAGAAUCCUUAAAACAGGCUUCUUUUCUCGUCUGAUGGAAGAUGAUGACUCAGCAAGUGAGUCAUUCUGAGCUGAUUGUGUCUCGUCACAAUUUUUGAACCAUUUUCUUAGCAAAAUUGCAGGGCAAGUUUCCCUAAGGGAAGAUUGUCUAGUGUAACAGGGCCAAAUGGGAUUUUUUUGUUUCAUUAAACGUGAGCAGGUUUUAUUUUUACACUCAUCUUAGAUGAUCCAACUGGUCCGGGAUACUGCUGGAGUACUGAGACGAUGCGGAAAGUUCGGAUCGUGGAAAACGUAGUGCAUAUUCGUCCAAGCGGAAGACCAUAG